AUGGCGACAACUGUGGAGAAGAGGCUAGCCAAAACGGAGCUGAAAAGGCGCAAUAUUAUAGCAUCGAUUCAACGAAUUGAGGAUUUCUUGCACAACUUCGAACCGGAACGCGACGUGAACGAGCUACCCAUACGGAUUCACACUUUGGUCCUAAAAAUGGAGAGCUUCGAAGAGGUGCAAGCGGACUAUGAAGGUAUGGAUGAUUCUGAUGCGUUUAUUGCGGCUAAUUCACUGCUCAGGGCAAAAAUUGAAGAGCAAUAUUUCCGAACAAAGGGUGGAUUGGUCUCGAAAGUUCCUCCAACAACCUCUAAUUCCCCAUCGCAACACACAACACAAAUGGCGGUAAAUAUUCCUUCGGUAAAACUUCCCACAAUCUCUCUCCCAACUUUCGAUGGUGAUCUGAACGACUGGCUCACGUUCCACGAUUCCUUUAACUCCCUCAUACAUUCCUCCACUGAAAUUCCGAGCAUCCAAAAAUUCCAAUAUUUACGCUCGGCACUAAAAGGCGACGCAUUGGCUUUGGUAGAAUCGCUUACAAUAACUUCUGCCAAUUACGUGGUGGCUUGGGAAUCACUGCUGUCCAGGUAUUCCAACAAAUAUCUUCUAAAGAAAAAACACCUGCAGGCUAUAACAUCUUUUCCGAAGGUCAUCUGCAAAUCAACCUCAACACUACGAGCGGUGGUCGAAGAUUUCCAACGUCACGUAAAAAUCUUACAGUAG